AUGCUGUGCUGCAGCCAAAGGGCGCCUUUGCUCGGUCCGACGAACCAGAGGAACCCUAAGAGACGUUGCUCUGGCUUCGUCCGGCCAGUCUUGCACGGGGAGGCAAUGAUGAGCUUUGGGGGGAGGACAAAAUCGAUGCAUGGGACCAGCCAGCGGACCAGGGGAGAUGAGAUGCUGGCUGGGAUGGUCCUCCAGUAUCUUCCCCUCCCCCCCGGGUAUGACAUGACCUGCAGGAGGGUGAAGCCUCAAGCGCACGUAUAUAUCUUUCCUCGCCGAGUCUGGUCUCUGUUUCCCUCCUCUCAUCUAGCGGCUCUCUGUCUGCUCAUCUACAGACUCAGCUCUGUCCUUCCAACCAACCUCGACGCCUAG